AAAAAAAAAAAGAAAAAAAGAAGAGUUAACAGCUGUUAAGGGAAAAAAAUGAAGGUUAGGGAUCACAGCAGAGCUGAACCGAUUUCUGCAUUGUAUUUUGGCAUGGUUUUGAUACGUACUUUGCAAGAAGAGGGUAGAGUUAAUGAAUCCUUCCCAUUGUGAAACGGGAAAGUUUGUGAAGCGAUUUGAUCGCAGUUUGUCUCAGCUUCAACCUUUCUUUCAGCAUUUCAAGCUAGUUUAUUGGUAAUACCCUGUGGUGGUGGGUUGCUUUUUUUAAAAUCUGAACUGUAGCUUUGUGUGGAGCUAUUUUUUGCCCUGCAAUAGUAGGCAGAAAGCUUAGAGGACUGCGUCCUCUUACAUUCCCGUGUCUGCCCCUGCAGUCUCCCAGUGCAACACCGGCAUCAACGGGGAGCUGAAAAUGGAGCAGAUGUGUGACAGGCAAAUGGUCCUCCCUGUACUCACGUUCCACUGGUUUUAACUGGGAAGGUCAGGGUGCCUGAUCCUGGUAGGUAACAACUGUGGCAACCUCCGUAGCAACUAGGAAACACUGGCAGCAAAUGGCUUCCUGCGUCAGGCAGGCAGAAAGGCGAGGGUUCUGCAUCGGGACUAAAUCCAAAUCGACCAGAUGUAGCGUUAUCAAUAGCUGGUAAGUUUGAAAGGCUGCUGUGUCAAGUUACCUGGAAAAAAAUCUGCUGGGAUGUUGCACAAUUGCCUUGGUCAUCGCCCUGUUUUAUACAGAAACAGGGGACCUGGCUUGCAGCAGUAACAGCACUGUAUGGGUUUAAAAUGUGCUUUAAAGUAGAAUUCAUAGUUGCAUUUCUUUGCAAAGUAUUACUGAUUCCAUGUUGUUUUGGUUUAUAAUAGGGGAGUUCGUGUACCUGUGAAACAAGGGUCUGUAUUGUGUUGGUUUGCUGACUUAGACGUGUCCUGCAGCAGUUAAGUCACUCUUCUUGCCAGGUUUGGUGUGCUGGUUUUCUGAAAUUGUGUAUCUGCGAGUCCCUGUAACAAGGUCUCCCAGAUCAUAUCUCUUGGGUAAGAGACAUAACAUUGAAACACAGGUGCUUGAAUUGUAUUUUGUGAAGUGAAUUAGGCACUUAAAAUGUAUGUAUUGUUGAAUUUCCAUGCAAGUUUUACCCAUAGCAUGCUGAACAUUUCAAAGCAAUAUUUAAAAAAGAAAAAGAAAUGGAAGUUUGUCUACUACAUCUUGUCAGAUCACCAGAGAUAGCAUUGCAUCAUCAGUCUUACCAUGACAGCCUCUGAAUAGGUAGCGCUUGUCAAAUCUGAGCAUCUCAUUCUUUCUUAUGGCAAGCCAUAAUCCUGCCAUUAUAGAAUAUGACAGGACAGCUGAAAGAUUAAAAUAUUUCCUAUUAGUUCAUCAUUAUAAGUAAGACUAGUAACAGGCAACUGUAACAUCAUGUUCAAAAACUGUCACGUUGACUCAGCCCGUCAGCUCCAGCUGUGGUUUCUGUCUCAGCUUGUAGAAUGGGGAAGGUUUGGCAGGAACUGUGCAAGAGGGCUUGAAAGGAGAGAGCAGGUCUAAGAAAAGCGCUGGAUAUCACACAGGGCGACAAAAGUUGGAGGGAGGUGAAAGGUGUUGCUUUCCUGGGGAUUCUCACAGCGUUUCUAGCUUUCUUGGGUGUUUCUGUCCCUCUGCCAGGUCAGGAUUCGAGUGACUGAAGGUCAUUGAAGUCAGUGAUAUGGGUUCAUUUGACAAAUGCCAGCCUGGAUAUUUUGAAUUAAUUCUUUUUAAGUAAAAAUAAACAAUUAAAGUUCCUUAGUUCUUGUGGUACACUGGAAAGCAUUCACUUGUGUUGGAAAAUGCCAGUAAAUCAUCUCUUUUCUGCCAACAGCGACUGAGUCCUGCAGGUAGCUGUGGUUGCAGGAAUGGCUGGUUGGGAAGGGUUCCUGCCGAGGGGUCACCGAUACUGCAGUGCCGUGCCAGCUGCAGACAAGUUCUCGUGCUCCAGCCUCGUACUGACUGCCAACCCCUGCUGCAGGAGCUCCUUUGUGGUGCAUCCCGCCUGGAUUGCUGAGCCCCUCAGCCCCCAGAGGUGCCGGUGGACUAGCCACUGCCUUCCCUCCCUUGGCCCAGCGUGGAAGAGGCUGAGUGCAUCAUGGAGACCUGUGGGCUUAGACAGCAACACCCCUGUGCUGGCGAGAGGGGAACAAGAUGGAUUUUACUACCACGGUACAGUAAAAGAGGAGCUAGAGAGUGAAAGAGGCAUGUUCCUGGUAGAGUUUGCCAAACCGCUUGUGUCACGUGGAAGGCAUCCAGUGUGUGUGCAAAAAACAGCUAAGGAUGACAUCCUGGAAUACGUGAACGGGAUGAAGCACUCCUUACUCCCUGGAGACAAAGUGCUGGCACCCUGGGAGCCAAACAUGGCCAGGUACGGCCCAGGAACCGUCCUCACAGGCAUUGAGACACGGGACCCCUUACGAGCCUCCGAAGAUGAAGAAAUUAUGGUCCAGUUCUGGAAUGAGAAGAAAGUGAAACUCCCGCGAGGUGUGGCUCUGUGGAUCCCUCCUGGCCUGUGGGAGAGGAUUGUAGAGAUGAUCCAUAUGCCCCUCACCAGCAGGAUGAAGCCCAGAGAAAGCCCAGACACUAACAGCUGUGUUUUCUCCUGCAGUCCUAAACCAGCCCUGAUUCCAGUUAGUGCUAUACACAGCCUUGCUGGGCACUGCUUGCUCUGCUCACCCUGCUGGCCACGCUUCCACUGUCGCUGUGAUGGUGGAUGCUGUUCAUCAGCAUACGUCAGGUAUAUCUGCUGCUGCCAUCCCCGCAUUGAUGCCUGGUGGCCUCUUCCAUCCAGGUCUCUGGUCUUUCAGAGCAAAGCUGAAGAGGCAGGGUCCAGCAGUGGUUCCUCUCCAUGCCUUCUAGAACUGAAAGGCCCAAAGCAAGAAGCAGCAGCAGCUGUGACAGCAUCUUCCUCCUCUUCUGAUCCGGUGGAGGACCCGGAGCCAUUCCCCACCAAGAGUACUGUGGUGGAUAAUGCUGUUGACACUGGCUCCGGCUGUCUUGAGAAGCCUAAGCUAAAGGAUUCUGCAAGACCUGAGUGGAAAUGCUGGAAAAGAAGCCAACACAAGUCCCGUCCCAGUAAUUCAGGACUGGGCAGACUCAGCAGCACACAUACAAAGGGCAAGCUGGAAUCCAAAGCCAUCUCUGCUGGAGAUGUGUCCCGUGUUGCCUCGACUAAUCAGAAUGAAAUGUUUGAAACCAUCCAGCAGUCUCCCAGAGGGCAACUCACAAUGAAAGAAAUCUUAAGAGACCGAGAUUUCAAGCUGUCAUUGGGGGAAAGUUUUGCAGCAUCAGAAAAACAAAGAUACAGAACAGCAAGAAAGAAAACAGAGACAGAUGAUAAACGUAAAGUGACUUGCAUAGCAGAUGACAAACUUGAUGAUACAGACCAUGUCAGAAGAGGACAGACAGAAAAAAAGAGUGAAGAGCUCACUUGUAACAAAGCAAAAGAGACAUGAUCAACCAGAAUUCAAGAACUGUACAACUGAUGAAGUUCAGGAGCUGAAACUUAAGGAUUAAAGCAGAAGAUAAAGUAGCCAGAGGGUAAAGGACCUGCUACUGUAGAUAUAAACAACAAAACGCUUAGAGAUCCAGCAUUCAAGUCACUGAAUUAUAUAGUCCCAUGAAAAAUAACCAAAACCUUAAUGCCAUCAGCUACAAAAAAAUUAGAUAGAUAUAUAUAGGUCACAUCACUAAUUCUAACUGUAGAAUCUGAUCCUGUGAGAGUUAAGCAUCCAGCCAGUCUCGUUAGUGGGACUACUCAUGUUUAAAGCUUAAGAAUUUGGCUGUAAGCUGCCACAUGCAGUUGCUCUGAAAAGCAGUACUUUUUCCCUGCAGGAAACAGGAGACAAUUCAGGGUACCCUACUGCCUACUGGAAACGGCAGCUAACUGGUGGUUUAGCCUAGGUAAGAGCCUGCAAAGAGACAGGACCUGAAGUGUCAAUAGCUUCUGUGCCUGUACUGAACAUCUGGCACAGACUCAAGCACCUUUGCAGUUGUGGUCCUAGACAGCCAAAUUUCAUUUGGAUUUUAUUUAUCAGAAUAAUAAAAGGCAUUGAUAGGAAAGAUGCAUUGAAU